AUGGGAAGAGAGUCAGGAAUAGCAGAAUCAAUUGAUGGAUGCUCAGGUGGAGGAAGAGAAGACGACGCCGGCGGAGGAAGAGAGGACGCCGACGAAGGAAGAGAUGACGACGCCGGCGGAGGAAGAGAGGAAGACGUUGGCGCUGGAACCCGAAGACGGCGAACACAGGUUUUAAUGGUGGAGGGCAGCGGUGGACUGGGUGGUGAAGAGGACGAUGGUGGAUUUGGUGGAGGGGCCAAGGCGGCGAGUUGGGUGGUGGAGGGGGCGGCGGAUUGGGUGGUGAAGGCAGUGGCGGAUUGGGCUCUGGAGAUGUCGUUGAAGUUGGGAAAUGAGAGGAAGAAGACUGUUAUACUUGGCGUAGCAUCAUCAGUCUCGUUAGCUAACCCUAAUUGUCCAUCCCAUUGUGGAGACAUAGAAAUCCCAUAUCCCUUUGGAAUUGGAACGGAUUGUUUCAAGUCCAACGAAUCCGGUAGGUUCCAAAUAUUGUGUGACACCACGACCAACCCUCCCAAACCGUUCUUGAACCUUACUGAUGGUAGUCGACCGGAGGUACUGGAGAUAUCUCUUGAGGGCACACUAAAAAUAAAAAGCCCUAUCACCUUCUCUGAUUGCCCUAACAAGCCAAACCAUCGCCAGCCACCCAACCUGCAGCCAACUCCCGCUUGGUUCUCCGAGAAGAACAAGUUCAUUUCAGUGAGUUGCGGGAGGGUUGCGUCGCUAACGUUCCCUGGACCUCGAGGGAAUACAACGGCAGCCGUCUGUUUGUCCAUUUGCGAUAAGUACAGUAGCAUAUUUGUAAAUAAUAACAGCUGCGGUGGUAUCAGCUGCUGUCAGACAACCAUUCCGGCCGGUUCUGAUGCCUGGAAUACCAGUUUUGGACCCGUUAUAAUAACGACUGACGACGACGCCGAUGAAAGACCUUGUGUGUAUGCAUUCCUGGUAGAUGAAGAAUGGUUUACGUCUAAAUCAACAAAUACUUCUGCCAUUGCUGAUGAGAUGGACGAAGUCCCCGUACUGUUAGAUUGGUGGUUCUCUGGAGGAAUAGAUAAUUCUACUGAGGAUUAUGUGCACACGAAUUGUGAAUCUGAGUUAGGUCCAUGUUCAUGCUUAGAGGGCUAUGAAGGAAACCCCUAUCUUCCUGGUGGGUGUCAAGAUAUCAACGAAUGCGAGGUUCCAUAUACAUGUCCUUCCGGCAAUUGUUUCAAUAUUAAUGGGACCUAUGAGUGCUACACGUCACGUUCAGAUCGGCUCUUAAGGCAGAUUAAAGUUGGCAUUAUAGUUCUUUGCAGUGUUUUCGGAUUGUUGUUUCAAAUUGUUGGAGCAUGGUGGUUACGCAAGGUCAUCAAGAAAAGGAAAAACAUUAAGCACAAGCAGAAGUUUUUCAGACUGAAUGGUGGUUUGUUGUUGGAGCAACAGUUAUCUUCCGGCGAAGUGAAUGUUGAGAAGAUUAAAUUGUUCAAUGCAAAGGAGUUGGAGAAAGCCACAGACCGGUUUAAUCUAGACAGAAUUCUCGGUGAAGGGGGCCAAGGUACUGUCUAUAAAGGAAUGCUUGCAGAUGGAAGAAUUGUUGCCGUCAAGAAGUCAAAAAUUGAAAAUGGAGGCGAAGUGAGUCAAUUCAUUAAUGAAAUUGUCAUUCUUUCACAAAUCAACCACAGGAAUGUGGUUAAACUCUUGGGAUGUUGUUUAGAGAGUGAAGUUCCCCUAUUGGUCUAUGAAUUUCUACCCAACGGAACCCUUUCUCAAUACAUUCACAGUCGUGAUGAGGGGUUUCCUUUCACUUGGGAAAUGCGACUACGAGUUGGUAUCGAAGUUGCUGGAGCCCUUUCCUACUUGCAUUCAUCUGCUUCGAUGCCAAUUUAUCAUCGAGACAUUAAGUCUUCAAACAUACUCUUGGAUGAGAGGCAUAGAGCAAAAGUUGCAGACUUUGGAACCUCAAGAUCUGUCUCCAUUGACCAAACACAUCUUACCAUGACACAUGUUAAUGGAACCUUUGGUUAUUUGGACCCUGAGUAUUUCCAGUCUAGUCAAUUUACAGAUAAGAGUGACGUUUAUAGCUUCGGAGUAGUCCUUGCCGAGCUAUUAACUGGACAAAAACCAGUUUCUGUAACAAGGUCAGAGGAGGGGAGACAUGAAGGGAGAAGCCUAGCAACUUAUUUUAUUGUUUCCAUGGAGGAAAAUUUCUUGUUUGAUAUUCUUGAUGCUGAAGUUAUGAAAGGAGGUAAGAAAGAAGAGAUAACGGCGGUUGCUAAUCUUGCAAAACGUUGCUUGAAUAUGAAAGGAAAGAAGCGUCCUUCUAUGAAAGAAAUAGCGAUUGAGUUGGAGGAAAUUCUAAUGUCAAGUAAAUCAUCGGAUGUCGAACGCAUUGCAGAGCUUGAAUAUCUCCAGAGAGAAAUGACCGAGGCUUGGGAUGUUGUUCCUACAUCAAUAGGGUCUCAUUUGGACACCAGUUCUUCGUUAGAAGUACAAUCACUAUUGUCUUUCAAGUCGCACUGAAAGUUGCUAGUGAUAUCCCUUGUUUUUGGAACAUGUACAUAGUGUCUCUAUAUAUAAACUAUCACCGUUUAUGUAAUUUAUUGUGUGAUUUAGUUAUGAAGUUGCAUA